AGUAGCCCCUCCGGCCCCUAGGACAAGUCAGUCGCCGGUGUGAAUGCCCCUAUGUAUGACAUGGAUUCCUUAUUAACCAGACUGGUUGUUGUUACCAGGGGAGAGCUUUCUUUUGGCAAAACGCGCUUACAGCGAUCGCUUCGUACGGCGGCGCGGAGAGUGGUUCCUCUGUUUGACAAGGGCAAUGCCCCGGGUGAACCACCACCCACUGAGCCGAAGCAGGAGAAAAUGAAAGAAAAUGACGAGGCUCGCCUGAAAAGGCUGCGUGAGAAAUUCCACGUUGACGGAGACAACAAAUUUGACAAGCUGGCCCACUCUGUGACACCGCUGUGGCGACAUCCUUACAAGAAACAGUUGAUGUUCAAGUACCAGGAUGUGUGCAAGCAGCUGCAGUACCUGGGCCAGAAGCUGCGCAAAGUUGAGGUUGCAUUUCCUGCGGACCCUAAAGGCCUGCCGUGCCCGGUGCGGCCUGUGCUGCCUUCGCCUAUCAUCGAAGGCUACCGCAACAAGGAUGAAUUCUCAAUCCGCCAGGGGCCCAAUGGUGAGCCCAAGACAGUGGGCUUCCUUGUUGGCAGUCCUGCUGAUCUGGACCACGUAGUGUGUGUGAGCCCUGAGCACAUCACAGUGUGCAAGGAUAGCCACAAGCGAGUAGCCAAGUCAUUUGAGGAGUACAUCCAGCGCUCCCCGCUGCCUGGCUGCUAUGAGAGCCACUUCCAGGGCUACUGGAAGCACCUGGUGGUGCGUUCCAAUUCUGCUGGGCAGCUGAUGGCCAUCGUCGUCAUGCAUCCGCAGCAGCUGACACCUGAGGAGCUGUCACGAGAGAAGCAAGGCCUGGUCGAGCACUUUGUCCACGGUCCGGGCAGGGAGGGCUGCAGCCUGUCGUCCCUCUACUUCCAGGCUUGCCGCCACAGCCGGUGCACGCAUGCCCAGGCACCCUUUGAGCUGCUUCACGGCCAGCCUUACCUGGAGGAGACACUGGGGGGCGUGCGCUUCCGCAUCUCUCCCGAGUCCUUUUUCCAGGUGAAUAGCCCAGUGGCAACGUACUUGUAUGAUGCUGUGCGACAACUGCUCCGUCCAAAACCUCAAGGCACCCUGCUUGAUGUUUGCUGUGGAACAGGCACAAUUGGGCUGACGCUGGCACCUCAACUGCACUCGGUGUUUGGCAUGGAUGUCUCUGCACAAGCUAUCGAGGAUGCCAAGUACAACGCUCAGCUCAAUGGCAUUAGAAAUGCGCAGUAUCAGGUAGGCCGUGCCGAGGUGCUGCUGCCCCAGCUACGGCACCAGUUUGUGGCCGAGGAGCUUUCUGCUGUGGUCAACCCCGGUCGGGGAGGGCUGAACAAACGUGCCAUCCGAGCACUACGGGAGUACAAACAAAUCAAGCGCCUGGUCUACAUAUCCUGUAAGCCAGAAGGUGUAGCCAUGGACAAUGCUGUCGAGCUGUGUGACAGCCGGCCCAAGGCUCACAAAGUGGGACCACCGUUCCAGCUGCAGCUUGCCUGUCCCGUCGACAUGUUCCCACAAACUCGACACUGCGAGCUGUUGUUGCUUUUCGUGAGAUAAAUAAAGUGCAACUCUUG